AUGUAUAUGCACGUUUUGAUACGCGCAAGCUUUGGAUUUGUAGGUCUCUGCCUGGUCGCCUUUGUCCAGCAGUCAGCUUCAGGAAGUAAAACCACUCAAGAUGUGGACGAGUGUGCAGAGGCUCUUGACAACUGCAGCAUCGAUGCCAUCUGCCAGAACACCCUGAAGUCAUACAAAUGUAUCUGCAAGUCAGGCUAUAAAGGGGAUGGCAAACAGUGUGAAGAUGUGGAUGAGUGUGCAACUGAAUACAAUGGUGGCUGUGUCCACGAGUGCAUCAACAUCCCAGGAAAUUACAGGUGCACAUGCUAUGAUGGCUUCCGCUUGGCACACGAUGGGCACAACUGUCUAGAUGUGGAUGAAUGCUCCGAAGGCAACGGUGGAUGCCAACAGAUUUGUGUCAACAUGAUGGGCAGCUAUGAAUGUCGCUGCAGAGAAGGUUUCCUCCUGAGUGACAACCAGCACACCUGUAUCCAAAGACCUAAAGUGCGACCAGAAGGUGCAAAGGAGGGACCCACCUGCAUGGACAAGAAUCACGGCUGUGCACACAUCUGUAGGGAAACACAGAAGGGUGGCAUCUCCUGUGAGUGUCGACCUGGAUUCCAGCUCACCCGUAACAUGAAGGACUGCAAAUUGACAUGUAACUACGGGAAUGGGGGCUGCCAGCACAUCUGCGAAGAGACAGACCAUGGCCCCAAGUGUUCAUGCCACAUGAAGUUUGUCCUGCACAGCGAUGGAAAGACUUGUGUAGGGGAGAGGAGUGUCCAGUCCCCGCCAGCCCCACAGCUGUUCCCCAAUGAGACCUGUGCAGUGAACAAUGGUGGCUGUGAUAGCACAUGUCAUGAUUCAGUGACAGGAGUCCGCUGCAGCUGUCCCGUUGGCUUCACUCUACAGCCAGACCGCAAGACCUGCAAAGAUAUUGACGAAUGCCGUCUCAACAAUGGAGGGUGUGAUCAUGUGUGUCGAAACACAGUGGGCAGCUUUGAGUGCAGCUGCAAGAAAGGCUACAAGCUGCUGACCAAUGAGAGAACUUGUCAAGACAUUGAUGAAUGCUCUUUCGACCGCGCCUGUGACCAUUUUUGUGUCAACUCUGCUGGCAGUUUCCAGUGCCUCUGUCACAAAGGCUACGUCCUCUACGGCCUGGCACACUGCGGAGAUAUUGAUGAAUGCAGUAUAAAUCGAGGUGGAUGUAAAUAUGGCUGCAUUAACACGCUUGGGAGCUACGAGUGUACCUGUCCACCAGGACACAAGUUGCACUGGAACAGGAAAGACUGUAUUGAGCUGGUGAAAUGUCCUCCUGGACUAGUAGCACCAAAAGCUACUCUGACCUGCAGCAAGACAGGCAAGAAAGAGAGCUGCUCUCUUACAUGUGCCUCUAAGGCUCACUAUCUGGCAGAGUCUGACAACAGCUACUCCGUGAGCUGUGGUAUCCCCAUUCUCAGAGGGAAGUCUGCUGCAAGGCUCAACUCCAGUAGCAGUCAGAGCUGCAUAGAGACUUUGGCCCCUCCAGUGAAGCAGACAGCUUCUUUCAAGAUUAAAAACGCCAAAUGUCACUUGCAUCCUAAACUGACAGGCAGGACGGAGGACAGGGGACGGACACUAGGACCAGGAGGUGGGCAGCCCUGCAGUAACUGCCUGGUGACAUUUGUCAACCUCAAAUGCGACUCCUCCAAGAAAGCUAAAGGGCGGCGUGCUCGCAACCCCUCUAACAAAGAGGUAACACGGAUUACUUUGGAGCUGGAAGCUGAGGUCAAACCUGGAGACACUACAGGAAGUUGCAAUCUCAGCUGCCUAAGACAGCGUAUGGAGAAGCAGGUUAAGACAUAUAUCAAGGCUCUGAAGAAGUCCAUCAACCAGGAGCGCUUCCUGAUUCGAGUUGCUGGUUUGGAAUAUGAGGUCGCUCAAAAACUACCUCAGGCUGCUCCCUCUCAGGAGAAUUGUGGCCCAGGCUGGGAAAGGGACAGUGGCCGAUGUGUCAGAUGCUUGCCAGGGUCUUACUACCAUGGUGAGCAGGAGCGCUGCGUCCAGUGUCCGCCUGGCACUUUCCAGGAAAGGGAGGGGCAGCUGGCCUGUGACCUCUGCCCUGGCAGCGAUGGCCACGGGCCUGUCGGGGCACGAAACAUCUCCUCAUGUGCAGGUCAGUGUCACACAGGGUUCUUCUCCAGUGAUGGGUUCAAACCCUGUCAACCAUGCCCUCAGGGCACCUACCAGCCAGAUUUGGGACGAACGUUGUGCUUCCCCUGUGGUGGAGGACUGAGCACCAAGCGAGAGGGUGCAAGCUCCUUCCAUGACUGUGAAGUCAAAGUUCAGUGCUCUCCAGGUCAUUACUACAACACCACAGUACAUCGGUGUAUCCGCUGCCCUGUGGGGACCUAUCAGACAGAAUUUAGACAGAACUACUGUAUUUCUUGUCCUGGAAACACCACCACUGAUUUUGAUGGUGCCACUAGUGUCUCUCAGUGCAAGAACAGGCAAUGUGGUGGAGAGAUGGGUGAGUUCAUGGGUUACAUUGAGUCACCAAACUAUCCUGGUAAUUACCCUGCUAACGUGGAGUGUAUUUGGAACAUCAACCCACCCAGCAAGCGCAAGAUCCUAAUUGUGGUGCCAGAAAUUUUCCUGCCAUCAGAGGACGAGUGUGGAGAUGUGCUGGUUAUGAGGAAGAACUGGUCUGCCACAUCCAUCACCACCUACGAGACAUGUCAGACAUACGAGCGGCCCAUCGCCUUCACAGCUCGCUCCAGGCGUCUCUGGAUUAACUUUAAGUCCAAUGAGGCCAACAGUGCUAGGGGCUUUCAGAUCCCCUAUGUCACUUAUGAUGAGGACUAUGAACAGCUUGUAGAGGACAUAGUACGGGAUGGAAGGCUCUAUGCUUCAGAAAACCAUCAAGAAAUCCUCAAGGAUAAAAAAUUGAUUAAGACUCUUUUUGACGUGCUGGCUCACCCAAACAACUACUUUAAGUACACCACUCGGGAGUCCAACGAGAUGCUUCCUCGCUCCUUCAUCCGUCUCAUAAGCAGCAAAGUCUCCGCUUUCCUGCGACCAUACAAGUAAACGUCACACAGCUGCUGAAGUACCGGAUCGUGACCCUUCCCCCAACCCCCCCUUCUACCUUACAGGCUACAUCCCGCAUCUCUCACAGGACUUAAAAACACAAGACAUACGAGUAUGUUUACCCCUCUCUAAUUUUCCA